GGUGUCUAAUGGAGAGUAGGGACGUCUUUCGUGUACAUACAGUUUCUUUUUUGAACGGUGAUUUUGUGGCCUGAAUAUAUUUAUCUCAGCAACGAUGGCUUACUAGCAGUGCAGAACUGGAACGAGAGCAGGUGAAACUUUUGUAGAACGCAAUCAAGCACAUUGGAGCGGACUUCCAUCCAUUAAUCAUCUCUAGUAUUCUGCCAUGAAUCGCAAAUGACUACUUUUGAGAAAAGUGGAUCUAGAAAGCAGAAGCAGCUUCGUGGGUCUCUUGGAGAUCUUUUGUCUUAUGCUACCUACUUGUCUGACUAUCAAAGGUUGAGAAGUCUCGUUGGUAAAGCUAGCAAGAAGCUCCCACGUUUGCUAGACAGCAGCGGACGCACAGCGUUGCACGUAGCAGCGUCUUUAUCAGCAGGUGGAGGAAUGACUGAGUGGAUGUUGGAGAACUGCAAUUUAGAAAUAGACAAAACUGACAGAGAGUCAAUGUGGACAGCUCUGCAUAGAAGUGUCUAUUAUGGAAAUAUCGCAGCAGCUAUAGAGUUGAUUAAACGUGGUGCAAAUGUUUAUAAAGAAGACAGAGAGGGUAUUACUCCUCUAAAUCUAUUAGACUACAAUAGACAAUGGACUCGAAAACUCUUUGAAAGAGAUAUCAAAUGUGGUAGUGAGGUUCUAACUUGGGGACUUAAUAAUAACCUGACACUUGGCCAUGCUGAUGAAGCAAGUCGAGCUCACCCAGAACGUGUGUGUGCUUUAAUGGGACCCGCUUCUGCUAAUGUCAUUCAGGUGUUGUUGUGUAAAUUUCAUUCUGUGUUUCUUGCCACUGAUGGCAGAGUGUUUACCUGUGGCCAUGGGCAUGGAGGUAGACUAGGGCAUGGGGAUGAACAGAGUCAUGUGGUUCCAAAGCAGAUUGAAUUUUUGAAAAGUGUCAAAUGUGUGUGUAUUGCUGCUGCAAGAGAUCACACUGUCUUUCUUAGUGAUGGUGGUGAGGUAUCAACUUGUGGACUUAAUGAUUGUUGUCAACUUGGCUAUGGUGGCUCACAAAGCUCAAGUUGUAAGCAAAGUUUAUCUCCUCGUUGGGUGAAGUUUUUCAAAGGACAGAGAGUGACACAUGUGGCAGCAGGUCGCUACCACACGGCUGUUUGCACUGAGAAUGAAUUAUACACCUGGGGAAGAAACAUAGGCCAGUUGGGAUAUUCUGGAACUGACAUCAUGCAGUAUGUACCUAAACAGGUUACAGGUCUUUUGAAAGGGUUCAAGAUGUUGCUGUUGUGUGCUAGUGACUCAGCAACAGCCUGUUGUACUUCUAAUGGAGAUACCUUUGUGUUAAUUGACUACACAUGUCGAAAGAUUGCUGUGUCACCAUUUAGUCCAAGUGAGCUUCCUCUCGAUCUAUGCAUUUCUGCUUCUCUUGCCUAUCGUGACAGUGAAUCAGAUAUUAAUGUGGGAAUGGUUGUUCUUUUGGCUCUUACUAAAUAUGGAGAGGUGUGGAAAUGGUCUCCUGGUCUCAGAGCAAUGUCCCGUUGUCGAUGGCUGAACAAGAACGGUUGCAUCAAGAGUAUUGUAGUUGCUGAUGUGAAAGUUGGCAGAGAAGUGUACCUUGUGUCAGUUAAGGGACAACUUUAUAAAGGAUCAUUUGUUCAACCCAAAAUAUCUGAUGAAAGAGUUUGCUCGUCAUCUCUAUUUUCAGCGUCUGGUCCCAAUAAAGCAACAUUCUACAAGAAGCCUUUGGAAUGGCAUGUAUGGAAAUGCAGAGAGGCUGAUCGAGAAGCAAAGUCUGUUGUAGUGUUGGAACGACUUCAAAAACUUCAUCGUGUAGUGAAAGUGUUUUGUGACUUCAAAGGACAAAAUGUAGCUGUUUUAUGUCAUGAUCCAAUACUAAGUCUCUCUCAGUUUCCUCAGAUUUCUUUAUCUUCAUUUGCUGCCGACAUGCAGCUGUUGUUGGAUGAGGCAGAUCCAUUGGAUUCGGUUCAUGAUGUUCUUGUGAAAGUUGGAGAGUCACAUAAUGUGCUUCCCCUUCACAAAGUUGUUCUUGCUAGUCAAAGUUCUUAUUUCAGAGAUCUAUUUGCGAUUAGGCAAUCUUCAGCUAUUGAAGUGAAGAAUAUUGAACUUAACGUGUUUACUCAUCUGCUUUCCUUUCUUUACACUGGCAAGCUUGAGGCUGUUUCUGAUACUGUUACCAUCACUUGUAGCAGUGGAAGCAAAGAGUGUGAAGUCUUCUCACUUUCAGAAGAUGGUCAAACAGACGGCCACAAAGAUUUUGUGCAUGAAGACUUGAUUGGCUGUUUGUUUAAUUUGAAUGAUGUCAGUCAGCAGUUACAUGAAGACACUUUUUGUAGUGAUGAUGAAACAGAGUCAGUUACUCGUCUUCACUCAGAAAGUUGGUUGAUUUCAACACAGUUUGCAGGCCAAGGGUUUGCAGUGGAAAGUGGUGCUAAUUCAGAAACAACACAAACUCCCUUGUCUCCAAAUUCUACUUCAGCAUUUGCUAUGUAUCAGGCUAUUAAACAGGAAGAGGAGCAAGAAGUAAAAUCACACAGGAAACAGACACCAAGUCAUCGAGAUAGCAAUGUGUUAUCUUUGGCGGUAGAGAAGCUAUAUGAAGCAUCUAUCAGGUUUAAAGUGACCGGCCUGACUAGGCGUUUGGAGGAGAUGUAUUCAGAGAAGCUCAGACAUGCACGUUCUUUGAAAUUGGAGUUGUUUUCUGGUGAACUGUUGGAGCAGAAAUCAUGUUCACAUUUACAUGAUGUCACAUUGAUAGCAGAGGAUGGAAUCUCCAUAGGAUGUCACAAGUGCAUCUUAGUGGCUCGUUCUGAAUACUUUCGAAGCAUGUUGACCAUGGGCUGGAAAGAGACUGUAUCUGGCCCACUUUCUCUGUAUUUACAUUUUUCAUCAAUGGUUAUGCAAGUUGUUGUUGAUUUUAUCUACUCAGAUGAAGCUGCAUUGGUGAACAGUUGCAAUGAUUUGAACUUCAUUGGAUCAGUAUUGACUGCUGCUGACCAAAUGUUAAUGGUCAGGUUGAAGGAGAUUUGCGAAGCAGCUAUUUCAAGGCUGAUGACUGUUAGAACAGUUGUUGAGAUUUUGGAAUUUUCUGACUUAUAUGGUGCUUCUCAGUUGAAGACAGCAGCACUGACAUUCAUUUCAUGCAACUUGGCAGACUUAUUAGAGGGAGGUUGUCUUAACAACUUAAGCAGAUCUUUGGCUGAUGACAUCACCGCUUUUUAUAGGAAUUUGAUACCAGAUGUAGCCUGUAGAGUUUUGAAAAUGUCUGCUGUUUCAUUUGAUGAGGUUCAAUCUGUUGGCUAUCUGGACUGUUUGAAUGGCAAAGAACAAGCUAACAAGAGAAAGUUCUCUGUGAGACACGAGUCAACUACAAGUCCUGAUGUAAAUGAUGGUCUUGGAAAGAUGAUUUCUGGUGGAUUGGAAGACUUACAGCCAAAAAUGGGAAUGCAACCAGAAUCUGGCUGUUUGAUGUAUCAGUCUUCUAUUAACAUUGAUUCCAAAAAAGAGGUGAAAAACCCACCACUUCAACAAGAAUGCUUUGCUGAUCAGUCAAGUUUUUGGAGUCAGCAAAGUUUUCAGGUGAGAUCAACAUCUCUAGCAGAAAUUAUGGUUGAAGAGGAAGAGAGUGGCAAACAACUACAUUUAAGAAAGACUGAACAAAUGAUAGGAAGACAACCAUCUGUCAAACAAAAUCCAUGUUUAAUGCUGAAAGAGGAAGGCAACCCUGCUAUUAAGUGGUCAGUUGGCGGGUUAGGAAAAUCUCAAAAGCAAAGACGUAGGCUGAGCUCUGAUAAAUCUUCAUUAAGUUCUUUGAACCAGUCACCAUCUCCUUCUUCAUGGAAACCUGUAUGGCAGCGGACAUCAAAUCCUGUUGUUUCCUUUCGUCAUCUAAUAGCUGAGCAGCUGGAAAAUUAUGAAGAUAACCAAGAGAAGGACUACACUGUAUCAUUAUGCAAGCAAGAUCAAUCAGCAUGCAAAAGCAGAGAGGUGACAUCACCUCCACGAGGAUGGUGUGUUCCUUGUAGCCCAACAGAAUCUCUUGCAAACAUUGUUAGAUUGCAAGAACAGAAGACUCUUGAAGAAAGUCAAAGGUCACUCAACAAACCACUGGUCAUCAUUCAGAUUGAAGACCGCGCAAUUGACGAGCUUUUAGAUUACUAUGGUGGUCCAUUUCACCCUGCUGAGUCAAUUGAAGUGAUGAGGGUGAUUGACAUGCCAAGUAAACAAAGAUGGAAAAGGGUGUGUAAGUCUUGACCAUCUACUGGCAACAAGAAUACCUACCUAUCUUAGUUUAUGCUGUUAGCAGAGAAUAUCU